AUGCCCGAAACUGUGCGCCCGGCUUUUGAUGGCCGUGACGGUCCUCAACUGUCAUAUGGCAUCGAUUUUCCCACCGCAGCCGCCCGACAUGUUACGAACACAUUUAUGGCAUCAAGAGUAUAUGUGAUCUGUUCCGGCUCUAUAGCACGCAACACUGAUGCUCAGGAACUACUGGUUGCUGCACUGGGCCCCGAGAAGAUUGCCGGUCAGCGGAUCGGCAUGAAACCCCAUACACAAUGGUCCGAAGUCCUGGAAAUAAUCGUCGACGCACGCAAAGUGCAGGCAGAUCUUCUUCUUACACUGGGCGCCGGAAGCCUGACUGAUGGGGCCAAGAUUGUUGCAUUUGCACUCGCGAAUAAUGCAAGCACGCCGGAUGAGCUCAAGGCCCUUGCGGAGGGCCCGGACAAGCGUACCGGUCUUGUCGAAUCUAUGGUGCCCAUCAUCUCUAUCCCGACGUCAUUAUCCGCUGGGGAGUACUCUGACUACGCUGGCGGGACUGAGGACAAAACACAUCGCAAAUAUAUGUUUUAUCCCCCGUUACGUGGCCCCGACCUCGUCAUUCUUGACCCUCGAUUGGUGGAGACGACACCCGAUUCUAUUUGGCUCAGUACCGGCGUCCGCGCUGUCGAUCAUUGUGUCGAGACGUUAUGUGCCGUCGGAAUAACUAACCCAGAAUCUGAUAAACUCGCGCGAGGUACCCUCGGCGGCUUGGUGUCGGGGCUUCUACGGUGCAAAAGAAACCGCGCAGACUAUGACGCUUCUUUGCAGUGCCAGCUUGGGUCAGUUGAUGCUAUGGCCGCAUGUCUUAGCAUAUCAUUCAAGCUUGGAGCGAGUCACGGCAUUGGACAUCAGCUCGGUCCUCUCGGCGUGGGUCACGGAGAAACCAGCUGUAUCUGCCUCCCAGCCGUAUGCAAAUACAAUGCCGCACAUAAUGCAAACAACGAACGCCAGGCUAGCUUGCGGGACUUGAUGAUUCAGGAUCCGAUUAUCGCUGAAGUCCUGCGUGAACGCCUGAAUGAUCUUGCUGCUGCUGAUCUUGGGGAUAUUCUAGAUGCCGUUAUCCGAGAGCUCGGUUUACCUCGGUCGCUGGCGGAUGUAGGCAUCGGCCGCGACAAGUUGGACAUGCUAGCCGAACAUAGUUUGCAUGAUCCGCUGUGCCAGUCGAACCCUGUGCCAUUGACGGAGAAGUCGCAGGUGUUGGAGAUUCUCGACAUGGUGGUGGGAUAG